AUGGAGGGAACCAUUACUUACGGGGGAAAAACCGAGUGCAUCACAUGUGAUGAAGAGUCUAAUGAUUGGGAGAUAGAUGAUGAAUCAUUGGCAAAUUAUGACUAUGAGGCUGAGUUGGGAGUUAAGGUGGGAGUUAAGGCUAGUGGACAGUGUGAAAGAAGGGACUGUGAGCCUGAAUUGGGAGGUAAAAAUGAUGAGGGAGAUGGUAGUGGUGAGAGUGAUAAUAGUGAAGACAUUGGCUUUGAGCCUAAUUCUGAAGAAUGUGAUAAUGAAGAUGAUGAUCUUAUUUUCACUGAACACAUAAACUCUGAGGCAUGGAGGGCAAAGAAACUUGCUUUGGAGCAGCUGGAAGGAAGCAUAGAGGAACAAUACACACUGUUGUGGGCAUAUGCAAAUGAGGUCAGGAGAUCUAACCCUGAUUCAACUGUGCUGAUUGGGCUGCACCAGGAUCAAACAUUUUCGAGGGUUUAUGUUUGUUUUGCUUCACUGAAGAUGAGUUUUCUAAAUGGGUGCAGAAGG